UGCGAUGUGAUAGGCUGAACGGGAGAGCUCUGACUCACCAUGAGCCGCUCACAGAAGGUCCAGACCCAGAGCUAGAGCGGACACUCACCAGGCUCCAUUCACUCUGCUGUCUGCUGUUGCUCUGUCUGUGAUGGACCUUCGACUGUGCUAUAAUCUGUUCCUCAUCUUCACUUGGACUUCACUGCCUCUUUGCAGGGCUGAAAUCUAUACGUCGCUUGUAAACGUGAAGCACGCCAUCAGUGCAGAACGGAAACUGAUCGAUUCUCUCAAAAGUUACAUAGAACAGGAGUCAGAUAGGCUACAGGACAUCAGGCGUUUUUAUGCCAAAGUUUCCCAUCUCCACUCUGAUGUGUAUAAAGGCCAAGCAACUGCUCUAGCAAACCCUCUGUUGGCUUUCACCUUUAUCAAAAGACUGUAUUCAGAAUGGCCCAAUGUGGUGUACAGUGAUGAAGCUCUGGAAAACUUACAAGCCCUCAGAUCCAGUUACGAGCAGGAAGGGUCGGCUCUGCCCAAACUCGAGGACCUCCAGGGGGCCGUUUGGGGACUCCUGAGGCUCCAGGAUGUGUACUCUCUGCAGGUGUCAGGCCUGGUCAGGGGGCAUUUCCUCACAAUAACUAGUGGAGGGACCAGUGAGAUUUAUAGGCCGCUGAUGUCUGUCCCUCUGUCUGGUGAUGACUGUUUUCUGGUUGGUAAGGUGGCAUAUGACCAGGAGGAUUACUACCAUUCAGUGCCAUGGCUGGAGCAGUCAGUGCAUCUCUUCAGAGGACACCACUGGAGCCCAGAGAACCAGGGCAGUUUAGAAGAUGCACUGGACCACCUAGCCUUCUCUCAUUUCAAAACUGGAAAUGUUACGUAUGCUUUGACCCUAUCCCAGGAGUUACUACAUCAUGAUCCAGUGAAUGAACGUGUUCUGCAAAAUGUUGAGAAAUAUGAGAAGUUGUUGGUGGUGAAACCUCAUAUUAAAGGAAAUGGGCUGAGGAGACCGGCUUCAAAAUAUUUGAGAACAAGAGAUGUGUAUGAGCGACUCUGCCAAAAUCAUGGCUCGCAACCUACACAUUUUCAAAACCCAAAACUGUUCUGCGACUACUUCACCAGUGGAAGUCCAGGCCUAACUGUGCGUCCAGCCAAACGGGAAAUACUGAGUCUGCAGCCCUUUGUGGUCCUGUAUCAUGACUUCAUCACCCACACUGAGGCAGAGGAUGUCAAGAGCCUUGCCCAGCCAGGAUUAAGAAGAUCUGUUGUAGCAAGUGGAGUAAAACAAGCUACAGCAGAUUAUCGCAUCAGUAAAAGUCUUGUCUCCAGUGCCUGGCUUAAAGACACUUCCCAUGCUGUGAUUGGGAAACUGGACCACCGGAUCUCCAUGGUAACUGGUUUAAAUGUGAACCAUCCUUUUGGCGAAUACCUUCAAGUUGUAAACUAUGGAAUUGGAGGACACUAUGAACCUCAUUUCGACCAUGCUACUGCUCCAAACAGUCCUGUGUACAAGUUGAACACUGGCAAUCGAGUGGCUACAUUCAUGAUAUAUCUCAGCUCUGUCGAGGCAGGUGGGUCCACUGCAUUCAUCUAUGCCAACUUCAGUCUACCGGUAGAAGAGAAAGCGGCCAUCUUUUGGUGGAAUCUGCACAGAAAUGGUGAAGGAGAUGUCGACACGCUUCAUGCAGGCUGUCCAGUGCUUGUAGGGGACAAAUGGGUGGCAAACAAGUGGAUUCAUGAAUAUGGUCAAGAAUUUAACCAUCGCUGCACCCUGAAUCCUCAUGAGUAAGUGAAGGAGAGAACCGGUUGCACUGUUUGGUGUCUUUACAAUCACGAACCCAUCGGAAAGAAGAGGGAGGGGGGCGUGUGGGCUGUGGAAAGGGGCAGGCCGAACUAGCCUCAAGCCCAAAGAGCCUUGAGCAGGCAGACCGCAGUGGACAUGGAUGAAGUAAAACUGAGCUGCGUUUUCAGCCCAAGUUGAAAAUCAAUCCCUGGAGGCCACAUUCUCUCAAACUCAUGCUGUAGAGAGAGGCCUCUGCUCCUCUUACUGCGCUGAUUUGGGCUCACUGUGAAACACUGUUUGCUUCUUGCAGAAGUUUGAAGAAAAACUUGCCAUUCUGGCCAUAUGUACUGCAGAGCACUCUGUCAUAAAAUAUAAAUGUAGUUGAGGAAAGUGAAUUACGUUUUUGCUUUGCAAAAAUGUGGUGACUAAAAAAUAAAUAUAUUUUUCAAGUUG